AUGGAGGAUAUGUUCGAGCGCUUCACCGAACAAGCCGACGUUCUUCACGAAUUCGCCCGUGUUAUUGCUAUAGUCGUACCUGUCGCCGACGCGGCCCUAUGCGACGUCCUCCAGGAAGUCGCCGAGGCCCUAAUUCGAGUCGGCUCAGUUAUGCGAAAAGCUGCCGGACAGGGAAACGGGGACUCAGCCAUUCUCUACAGAGGGCUGAUGGAAGGCAGGUGCAGGAGAGCCCGGCACUCUGGCUGGUACGCGUCCAAGUCCUCGCUGCCCCAAUACGUGUUCAGGCUCAUGAAGUCAGAUCCGAGCGACGGCAGUGCCGAGUGGCAACCAUCGGCGAAAGCCACACCAGCCAUCGGCUUCCUCGACCUCCCAAAAGAGCUUCGGGAUGUCAUAUAUCGUGAAAUAUGCGGACAGCGCCCUCAUGAGAGCCAUCAGUGGAAGCUUACAGGACCGGAUGCGCUUUCACAAGAUUCGUGCCUCGAUUUCGCCGCGCUACUCUCCAGACAAGCGGACGCAAAACCCUCGUAG